AUGCCUCAUAUUACACCAUUGUUGUACUGUAUGAGCUACGCUGAUUGGCUUCUCUUAAAGCAGCGCAUUCAUUGUAAGAUUUUGUUAUUUGCAUUCAAGGCUAUCUAUGGCAUAGCCCCUACAGACAUUCAGAACUUAGUUUCUUUGAAAUCGCAAGGCGCAUAUAACUUCAGAUCAGGUGGGAUUUUUUAGCAUCGUCAACAUUUAGAACUAAGGUUACACUAGACGAUAGGUCCUUCCAGGUGGCUCCGCCCAGGUUAUGGAAUGCUCUGCCGCGCGAGCUUCGCGAUAUUUCGUACUUGCAUACUUUUAAGAAAAUCACAGUUUGA